AUCGACUGCAGUUUUGUUGAUAUAAUGGUGCUCGGGAACAGGUUAGAGCUUCAAAGUUAUCAGUAUUUUUGGAGCUAAAGGUAUUUUUGUGAAUUAGUGAGAGAGAAUAUGAGAGAAAUAUAGAGAAAAAUGUCUGGAUUGUUAUAUAUCCGAUGGAAGGAAAAAUAAUUCCAUAGAAUUAUUACUGUAAGAAUAGUAUUUCUUUUUGAAAAAAGACAAACGGAUAUCGAAGAAACCUUCAUGAUAAUGUCGAGAUUGAAAAAAAGAGCGAUUCAAGUGCUAUUUCCCCUCAAUGAGAGAAGCCACUGACCAAAAAUAAAACAGAACAUUGACCCCUAAAAAUGACGCACAACGGCGACAUCCGCUGGCGAAAGAACCUCUACGAGAAUCGAGACUUGCCGGACAAUUACACAGACAGCACCUUCCUCGAGGAGCUAGAGAAGAACAUAAAACCGAACAACGUGACAACGAUCGAGGCGAUAGCCCUGGGCUCCAGCAUAUCGAUCCAGCUGAGCAUCGUCAUCCUCUUCGUGAUGGUCUUCAUCUGGCUGAACAACGAGUGGACAACACCCAACAUCACCUUCACCUCGUCAGCAGGAUUGACAGUGUUCGGGUACCUCUGCCACACCCUGAAGCUCCCAGACAUGCCAGACAAGAUCUCCAAGGACAUCAGAACAGCCCUGAUCUUCCUGGCAUUCGGCUACAUCCUGUCGCCAGUCCUCAAGACGUUGACUGAGACAGUCAGCACUGACACGAUAUACGCUAUGACGAUCUUCAUGUUCCUCAUUCACUUGAUCUUCUCCAAGUACGGAUCCCCCCAGGUGUCUCUGUCAGACUCUUUAUCGAUAACUUCGUCGAUCUUCGGGUCUCUGAUGCUCGCCUCGAGGCUCGCAUCACCCCUCCAUGCAUUUUCAUUACUGACUGUUGCUGUUCAAUGCUUCGUGCUUCUUCCUUUUUUACUAUCGAAAAUUGAGAACAAGGUGGUGAUAUCGAUUUUACUCACUGCGAGCACUGUCUACCUCCUCGGGAUCAUUUCACCUACUUUAACUUGUGUUUUUGUCGCUGUUACGAUUUUUGUGCAUGUUAUUUGUCCACUCUGGUACAUACGGUGGCAGAAGUAUAAGGAUAAUAUUUAUGGGCCCUGGGAUGAAGCUGUUAUUAAAUGAAUGAGAAGAGAAUUUUCCUCACUGAAUUGAUAUCUCCUUCGUGUUUAGAGAUAUUCUUGAAGAACUAUUUCCAAGAUGAAAUUGAAAUGAACAAUAGAUUUUAUGAUUAAUUUAGUUAAAUAUAUCUAUUUAUAACGAAAUUAAGAAAAAAAAACCUGUUUUGUUCUGAAAUCGAAAUUUUAGAAACUGUAUAAUAAGUUAAUAAAAU